UAAUCUUCGUUUAUCUCACUUCACUUUUCCCCUGUAUUGGGAUUUUGCUUCAAUUUUAGGGUUUUAGGUUUUCAACUGUCCAGGGCUUCCUUGUUAAUUGCUCCGAUUCUCCUUGAUGGACUCUGACCAAGCCAAGCUCUUCGUCGGCGGUUUAUCUCUGGACACCACCGAAGCUACACUGCAAGAUCACUUCGGCCAGUACGGCGUCGUUUUGGGCUCGACGGUUACCAGGGACCGCGGCACUAACACUCCUCGUGGGUUUGGUUUCGUCUGGUUCUCUGAUCCGUUUUCGGCUGACAAAGCCCUCGCUGACUCUCAUGUCAUUCUCGGAAGAAAGGUAGAUGUGAAGAAAGCAAAACCCAGAAGAGGCUGGGGGUACAACAGAAACCAAGAACCACUGUCACCGCAACAAUCUCAGAGUAUUAGUUUUGAGACUGGCAACAAUAUGUUUAGGACUAGGAAGAUUUUUGUAGGGGGCUUGUCGCAGAAUGUGACCGAAUUGGAGUUUAGGAGGUAUUUUGAGAAGUUUGGUAGAGUGACUGAUGUAGUUGUGAUGAUGGACGGUGCGACUCAACGCCCUAGGGGGUUUGGUUUUAUUACUUUUGGUUCGGAGGAGUCUGUGGAGAAUGUGAUGCAGAAAAGCUUUCAUGAGUUGGGUGGCAAGUUUGUGGAGGUCAAGAGGGCUGUGCCGAGGGAGGAGAGUUACCGUGACAAUGACAGGGGCUAUCAGUCGGGAGGCAGUCGUACUCGUUAUACUGGUGGUACUAACACGUAUGGAGUUCUUCCUACUCCUGCACCUAAUACUGGUAUGGUGGGAGGAUUUACUGGUGGAACAGGUGUUUAUGGCGGUUGGUACCCUGCAGGUGGAUUUACUGGAAUUUCUUAUGGAAUUGCCCCAAUUGUUCCUCAGGCAUGGAUGUUUCCAUACGGCAAUGCCUUUUACCCUCCUGCCUACAUGAGUGGCGGGGGAUGGGUGGUGGCUGCAGGUGGGCAUGACUUGUAUAACAGAGUGUCUGAGCCAGCACAUCAGCGUGCUUUUAUCACUGAGCAUGCACCAGCUGAUGUGAAGUCAUCGAGGGUUGAAGGGGAGAAACUUAAUGUUGAUGGUGCUGCUUGACAAGGAGUAACAAACUAGAUCUGGACAGAAGACUUUAGCCUAACCAAUUAAUCCGUACAGGAUGACCUUUUGUAAUAUAAUUGAGUUUAUGAUUUAGACAGUUAAACUUUGGAGCUUAAGCAGUUGCAGGAUCGGUUUCAUCUGUGAAAAUGAUAGUAUUUUUUCUUCUAUCUGUGUUGAAAAUGUAGAUAUCUUUUACUUUGUUUUUAGAAACGCUUUCCUUUUGCAAUUGACAUCAGGUGCGCAGUUCUUUGCACUUGUACAAAGGGCAGAUGGAUUGAGAUUUGAGAUUAUGCAUCUGGGUACAUGACCGGAUGUGCUGCUGCCGCUGUAACAUGAAUCACUAGAGCAAUUUGCAGGAUUGGUUCAUUUGUAGAAGUGA